AUGACUGUGGAUGGUGAGCUAAUUACACAAUUUGGUCCAGAAGCUAGAGAAGCCUCUAUAGCUUCAAUAUUGGAGAGUUUAAUGAAAUUACAUUCGCUGGAUGUAGAAGAAUUAUACAUUAGAUGGGAACAAUUUUCAUACCAACGUCAUGAAAAGCAAACUGAUCUUAACCUGAAGAAUUUGGAUUCAUUCAAAGAAUUUUUACAGCAGCAAAUAGAAAAGAAAGCAUUACAAGUUUCAUCUGCUAGUAGAAAAACUGGACCAAUGAAAAAAAACAAAGUAGUUAGAGGGUCGACCAAUAAUUCGGCAUUUGGCUUUAGUAUUCCAAAUACUCCCACUAUAAAGAAAAGAAAACUACAAGUAAGCUCAAGUACUAAGAAGGAGAAUGGUCACGAGAACAGCUUGCAUUUCUCUGAAGGUACUUCCGUCGAAAGAACACAACAACUGGGGUCUUCUCCACUUCUAAAUUCUGAUGCAAAUAGAGAUGUGGGGGUCAGUACACCUAUUAAGUUGAGAGAGUCUGGUAAAAUCUUAGACUCGCUGAACCCUGAAAAUAUUGAAAUUGCUGGGGGUAUUGACCCCAAUGUUGAAACAGCAACAAAAGUUUCUAUUGCACCUUACUUUGAUGCCAAAAAAUAUAAAUUCAGGACAAUGAGACAAAAAAUACAGGAUGCUGCCGAUGUGUUGGAUGAGCAAAUUGAAGCAUUUCAUGAAUUGAUCAAGGGUCAUUAUAAGCUAAGUACAACAGACUUUGCUGAUCCAACUGUACAGUCGCAAUCUGAAAUCUAUGCAAUUGGUAGAGUUGUUCCAGAUUCCGCGCUAUCUGAAGGUUUCCCGAAUAUAGAUGCAAUUGCUCUAGAAACAUCAAGAAAUCAAGGUAUUGGUAGAAGAAUACGGCUUGACCUCGAACAUGUAUCAGAAACCUCACUAUUUUUAGGCCAAAUUGUUGCUAUUAAGGGUAAAAAUGCAACUGGUGAAUAUUUCAAGGUAGAGGAAGUUUUAUCUCUCCCUUAUCCUGAUUCCCCUGUCUCUACUGCAAAUGAGAUUCAGGAAGUACAACUGUCCAUGGAUAAUGCGCCCAUGAAAGCUGUUAUUACGGCGGGUCCUUACACAGCUGAUGACAAAUGGGAUUUUUCGAUACUAUCAGAUUUUGUUGAUCGAAUCAAUAGCGAUAUUAAACCACACACCAUAGUAAUGUUUGGCCCAUUUUUGGAUAUUACUCAAUCAUGUAUCAAGGAGGCAAAUAUUCCUCAAUUUCCAAAUAUGAAAACUCAGCCAAAGACUCUAGAUGAAGUCUUCUAUAAAGUUGUUGUACCAAUACUGAAAAGAAUUGAUUCAAAUAUUCAGGUUGUCCUUUUACCAUCAACUAGGGAUGUGUUGUCCCGGCACGCCGCCUAUCCUCAAGAUUCAUUUGACAGAAAAAUGCUCCAGUUACCUAGAAAUUUUAAGUGCUUUCCAAAUCCUUCGACCUUUCAACUUAAUGAAGUCUUUGUUGGUUGCUCAAAUGUAGAUAUAUAUAAGGAUAUGAAGGAGAUAACUAAGGGUGGUUCUACCUCGAUGAGAAAUAGAUUUGAUAGAGUUUCAGAGCAUGUGCUACAGCAACGUCGUUAUUAUCCAGUUUUCCCUGGUGGUCUAAAGAAAUCACUGAAAUUCAAAGAUAAAACAGGUAAAAACAUAUACGAGCAUAUUUCUGGUGCCGAUUUAGAUGUGCCAUAUUUACCGCUGACAGAAUUUGUGGGAGGUUUUGCCCCUGAUAUCAUUGUGAUACCUAGUGAAUUGCAGCAUUUUGCCAGGGUUGUCAGAAAUGUCGUUUUCAUAAAUCCAGGUAGAUUUGUUCUUGCUAAGGGUGUAAAUGGAACCUUUGUUCAGUUAACAGUAAAUUGUCCAGAUAUAGAAUCUGGUGACUUGACCAGAAUUGAAGAUGAUGAACCGACUUUCUUGCAUAAUGUCUGGAAACGCUCCAGGGUAGAUAUUCUAACCAGCUGA